AUUCAACAAAGAAGAAGUGACAUAACAAUUUGAAAAGAAAAAAGCAUUUAUUUACAUAAUAUACCAUCCACACCUAUCCUUCUUUCAAUGGCCUCUCCUGGUUUCCAAUCAAAGACCAUACAACCCUCUUCAUGGAGCAUCACUGUUGCAUUUCUGCUCAUUGCCCUCAUUUUUAACUCAUCUUCAAGCAUGGGAAUGGGAACAAAAACCAAGAAAGACUCUGCUAAUGGUGCUCAUACUAUGUGGUCAGAGACUGUGAGCGAAAAUCAUCCCCAUAAGAUUAGCGCAAUUACUCAUAAUGAUGGUGCUAAUACUAUGUGGUCAAAGCCUGAGAGGCCAAAUGAUCCUCACAGGAGUGGUCAAACUAAUGAGAAUAAUGGUCAUCUUCAUGGAGUGACACUCAACAUGCUGCCCAAAGGUGGGCAUAUCCCUCCUUCUGGUCCAUCAUCCUAUAGGCGCAAUUAGCAUGGUGGCCAUAUCGGGAUUAUCAUUAAAUAUUAUUAAAAAUAGAUACUCUAAUAAAUAAAAUAUUGAAUGAACUUUAUUUAUGCUAUUGUAAUUAUUAAUAUUAAUAUAACUAUUUAAUUAGUAUUCCGACUUUCAUAUAUUUAAUUAGCCACAGUAAGAAAUUGUAUUGUAUGGGUGUGUUAAUUGCCAAAACUUAGGGGUUAUGAUAAUGCAUUGCAACUUCAUUAUGGCACGAUAGAUUAUGUGUCCUGCUCGGUACUUACCUGUAUUUAAA